AUGGCUUUGUGUUCAACUUCUGCCAACAAGGAACAACCCUUCCUGCCAUCAAUAGGUAAUAAAGAAAAGCACAGACAUAGUGCAGAAAUCCGCGCCGACGUAGAGGACUUGAAUCGACGAAUAGAAUUUUCUGAGGACAUGAACGAAUCGUCUAAAACAACCGCGAGGAAAGAUUCAUCAUCAAACAAAACUUCUCAAAAAAACGACAUAUGUAAGAGUGGACGAGGCAAAGCGAUCAAAACAAGGACAGACAAAAAGCGAGGAACCCAUUUCCAUUUGCCCUCGCUAUCUUUAAAGCCAGCCGGAAACGCUCGGCCAGUGGAAAGUUGGAGUGCUGCGUUAGGUUUACGGGAAAGCUUUGAGAUUCCUCGUGGUUUCUUGAAUAAACUUACCAACGAGGUGCUCAGAAUCGAUCGACUCUUGAGAGAAGAAGCUAUGUUAAAGCAGAUCAGAGAAACGAGGAUAAUAUCUAGGCAAUUGAGCGAGUCUACAGACAAGCGAAAACUCUCUUCUUUUGGACUUUCAUUGCAACAUACUGCUCGGCCAAAAUUCUCUUACUUUCCUUCGCUAACAGAGCCAUCAAUUGAGCGUCCGGGAUCGCCCUUGAAGCCGUGUCGAUCACCAGAAAAUAAAAAUCGAGAGCUAAUGAAUCAACAGGAACUUGAGAUUCAAAGGAAAAUGAAAGCGUUUAAGCAUCGCCAUUCACAUCCCAAGCGUAAAACAAAAUUAAAAUGAGGAAAUUAAGUGCAUUUGUCUUGGAAAAAAGGCCACGAUUUGCACUGUAGGUUGUCAAGGGAACGAACAAUUUACAGGAUCUCGAUUGUUUACACAUAGGUGCCACCUAUGUUUCCUGUUUUUCAUCUAUAUUUAGUCUGGAAACUUGUACAUGUUAAUUACUAGGAAUAAAUGAUCAAAAUCGUUUUUAAUUUAUAUAUUUUAAGUUUUCAAAUAAUAGACGCCUUCAGAGCGACAAGUAAACUUUUAUUGAAACUUUAUUUCAAUAAAUUCACAAAGCUCAGCAUGUGAUAGUUUAUCUUCAGUCAGCAUGCUUCACACUGAAACGAACAUGAUCAAACAUCUGCGCAUGUGCGGAUUUUGUAACAUCCAUAAUGUGUGCUUUCUAGAAAGCUUUCAGGCUAUCACGCCUGUCAGAACCAAGUUUUCUCACACGAAUAACAAACAACUACUCAAGCCAGUAAGGUACGGUGUUUUAGAAGUGUAAAACCUUUUUGGUCUUUUCAGGUAAAGCUCUAAACAGAAUGGUAAAUCAACAAGAUACCCAUACUUAGAUAAGCUUUCUGUUUGAAAAGUAUCGAAUUAUCUUUCUACCUACUACCUACUUUUGCUUCCUUUUAUAGAUUUCUGUAAACAUUUCAAUCAUCUAUCGCUUAAUUUGCGAGAAAGCUGUUGUUUCCUUUGAAAUUUUCCGCGGGAAAUUGGCGCGGGCAGUUAACGUUGAUCCCUCGCGCAUGCCCGACGUUUUACCGCUGUGUUUGCUGAACGGUAGCUGGACGGAGCAUCCCUCUUCUAUUUAA